UCUCCCCUCUAGAUUUCGCCAUUAAUGAGUUCAAAAUGCAGGGAUCCAAAGCUUUUCCGCUGUAUAACUAGUUUUGUAUGAACUCCCGACUCUGGUUUUGACCUGUAAAACACUCCCUAAAAGUUGACUCAGGGUCCUUCUGAUCAUUAUAUCUUGCCUGGAGAGUUGUCAACGAUUGCCUAUUAAGGAUGGACGGGAAGAUAAUUACACUUAGCCAUUCUUCUGAGACCGGAAAAUCUCUUGAAACAAUCAGCAUUUUGGUUGUGGACGAUGAUACAACAUGUCUUGCUAUUGUUGCUGCGAUACUCAAAAAAUGGAAAUACCAAGUUGUGACAGUUAAACACCCAAUCGAUGCUUUGUGCACUCUUCGGAUAAAGGGAGGCUCGUUUGAUCUUGUUGUAUCAGAUGUGCACAUGCCUGAUAUGAAUGGAUUUGAAUUACAACAACAAAUUGAUGAAGAAUUCAAGUUGCCUGUUGUUUUGAUGUCAGCUGAUGACAAAGAGGGGGUUAUGUUAAAGGGCCUAGAGAGUGGAGCUGCAUUUUUCAUAGUGAAGCCGAUAUCCCCAGAUGACCUAAGAGAUAUAUGGCAGUAUGCAGCAGCGAAGAAGAAAACUAAAGCCAUUCUCGAGGAAGCUGGGAUUGUUCAAGGAAACUCCCCUGUUGACAAAGAUUCCUACGAGGAUGCCGAGUGUACAUCAUCAGUGAAUGAAGGCAGGCAAAUUAAGAAGGAACCUAAGAGAAAAUGCCCGAGAAAGGAUGAUGAUGACAACAACGAAGAGGACAAUGUCGAUUCUGCCACCCCAAAAAGGGCAAAGGUCGUUUGGACAAAUGCACUUCACAACCGCUUCUUGGAAGCCAUUAGAAGUGUCGGCCUGGAAAGAGCUGUUCCGAAGAAAAUCCUUGAGCUCAUGAAAGUGCCCGGAUUAACUAGAGAAAAUGUAGCAAGUCACUUGCAGAAGUACCGGAUCUUCUUAAAACGAGUUUCUGAUGCAAGCUAUAAACUUCACUUUUCUCCUGAUAAAAGCUUGGGCGACAGGUGCUAUCAACCAACUGCAUCACACUACCCUUCGAUAAUGCUGAAAAAAUUCCGACAAGUAGGUCAGCAAAACCCAGAACAGCAGCCAAAGAGUUCACUGUCCCAACGAAGACUUGGGGGGAAUGUCCUGAUUAAUGAUCCAAGCCUUGGUGGCGUAUCUUUUCCUGAACAGCAAGAUUUGUGCAGCAACUCUAUAACUCGAUUAGGAUAUGGACAAUCACGUCUAUUAGGAAGCCAAGGGAAUUUGUUGAAACCAAUAAUGGGCAAUACCAAUCCUCUUUAUCAGGCCAACCACUUGAGUCUCAGAAUGGAACCAAAGAAUUAUCAAUCAGGUUUUUCGUUACCUGGAGGUACUUCAAGUGGCCUCGUUACUGGUACCAAUUCGAUCCAAAUGUACCCAUCGCUUAUACAAGCCACACCAAAGAAUCUCAACAAUGGUAUGUCGAACAACUGCUUUACUACAUUUGGAGUUCCUGGCCCCAGCAAUAUUUUUGCAAAUGGGAACAGGGGAAAUUCAAGUUGGAUCGACAAUCUGAGCUACUGUGGCACUGAUUAUAAAAUAUUUAGUGAUGAACAUCUUGCUGGAUCAGGUCAUAUGGUCGAUGAGUGUGCUGAAGCAUCCAAUGUUUUCAAUGAUAACAAUUGCUCGAUUAAUGAAAUUCAAUGUGGCCAAAUGAUUGCUGCACCGAUAAUAAGUGGUAUUUCUGGGCAUUUAGUUAAGGGAGCAUCUUCUUCAGCAAGCUUUAAAAUUGCAAAACAAUUCCCAUCACCAUUCACUGUGGCCAUUCAACGAGAAAGCUCUUCAGUGCCACAGCUGCCUGCCGCAAUUCCACCACAACCCAACAGUUUUGGGACUGGAGGACAAGGUGAUAGUACAUUUGGUUUAAUGAAUAAUUCUUCUAACUUUGAUGAAUACUCUCUUUUGCAACCAUAUGACCAUGGGGAUCUCAGCGAUACCUUCUUGAAUCAAGUCAACAUUCAAUCUCCAUUUCCAAGGAGCAAAGUGCGGCAAGAUGGGGAAGAAGAAUCAAAUUCCGGAUUCUCACGUGAUUCAUAUUUUCUCAAAGAAUACCCACUAGCACUGAACCAACAGACCAGCAAGCAGCAACAGCGUGAUGAAGAAUGGAGAGUGUCCAACUUCUGCUGCAAUGAGAAUCAGUCAAAUGCCUAUUUUCCAUGGAUUGAUCAAAAUCCUACCCAGAAACGAGGUCUUGGACUUGACACCAAAGACAAUGGCACCCAUCAGCUGAUUAACACCCAUCCUGGAGGUCAUCUAUCUCCCAGUGAGUGUGACGAUGAAGAAUUCCUGGACUCAGUUUUUGGCCCUGGUCCAUAUGAAGGUGAUGAUAAUCUGCGAGAUAUAUGAAUCCAGCAAGAUGGUGUAAAACUUCUGGACCUAAUUUAGUAUAAACUACAGUUCGGGAUAGGAAUUAGAGAGGGUUCUUUAGUUGACUGAGUGUUUAAAUAAUUUUGCUGUGGGAUUUUUUGGCAUUCUGUUGUUAGGCAACUGGCUUGCUAAAUGGUUUUGUAUGUGUAUUUGAGGUAAGAAAUUGGAACUUAUUCAGUGGCAUGAAAGGG